GAAUAUGCAUAAGCAGAGUCAAUAUGGCGACUUCCGAGAUGUGCUUUAGAUGUCAUGUCGUGAGUAUGUAGAGAGAAAAGGCGAUCUUGCGGUCCCACAAUAUUGGAUAUAUAAUGAGCUUAUGAUUGCAAAAUCAUUUAUGUGUUCUCUACCAGAGAUCUAAAAAACAAUGGAAGAGGGGGCUUUGCGCCUGAAUCAUGGACCUGAAGAACAAAACCAUGAUGACAAACGUAUGACCCACAACAUGAUGGAGAAGCGUCGCAAAGAUCGAAUAAAACAAUGGAUCUCACAUAUAGCGCAGCUUCUGCCUCCAGCCAGCAGUCAAGGUCCAGACAAACCUAGUACACUUGAUAUCAUGGAACGUGCUGCAAAUUACAUCAUUGAACUGAAAGCAUCCUAUGAAAAGUUGUUGACAGAACAAGGAGAUGCUGUAUUAGUUGAGGAAAUGCACAAAAUGCGCACAGAGCUAGACAGUGUGCGAGCUGAAAGGGAUCGGCUUUCGGAAGUUCUUAAUGCAGCUGGUAUUGCUGCCCUGAAUGAUACCUCACAAUGGAGGGGUAACAGGAAGUCAAACUCAGCUUUGACAGAAAAUGGCACUUCACCAGCGACUGCAGCCUCAGAUUCCACAAGCGAAGUAGCAAUGGCUAAUGGAAGUGAUGAAUCUCGAUCCAAAAAUAAAUCAUCAGUCACCUCAGGCUCCAAACGACGAAACACCAUUAGUGUACAUCUUGAACAGCAAAAACUACAACAGGAGCAACAGCAGCAACAACAACAACAGGCCAUGGCUCAGGCUAUGGCCAGCGGGCUUCUGUCUCACAACGGUGGAUUUAUUUAUAGCGGAUUGCCAGGACAAAAUCUUAUGGUGAACUCAAACCUAAUGGUAAGUCCAUCAGGCCAGGUGGUAGUGUCUGCCAACCACCAAACAUCUCUAACAGCAGGCUCUGCAUCAUCUGCACUGGAUGGUGGCCAGAGAGAAAAUGUUGUUUAUGGGCUGGAGAAAAGCUCUCAGUCAGCAGUCAGAGGAGGCAAUGCUAAUAUGCUGGGGGGUGGUAGCAUUGGAGGACUUUUGCAAAUAGCUAUGCAGGAUGCAGGUAUCACUCCUUCCCUUCAGCUGGAUGCUUCCCGACAGUCAAGCCCGGCACCAGUGUCGGAACUAAAUGUGCACACUGAUUCAGCUGCAACAGACUCUGACAUUAGCAGAUCCAAGCUCAGCAGCAGUCUUUGAUUGGAGGAUGUUAGUCAUGAUGCUUUGCAGACUCUGGCAUCAGUUGCUUCCAACACUGUCAGCUCGUCGAUGUCUCUUUUUCCGUCCUUGGCAUCUUCGGCAAUGAUGGGGAUGAUGCAGUCAGCAGCAGGAAGUGCAUCUCUGGCUGCUAGCACGGUGACAGUGACUUCCUCAGCCAUGAACCAGAACACACCCAUCAUGUCAGUGGGGCAGCUUGGUCAGCUGCAACAGCAGCAACCCUCGCAGGCCAGCCUCGUGAUGGGCAUGCCAGUUCUUAACCAUCUUGCUCCUAAUGCAGGGCUUGGAAUGGUUGCACCAAAUGCUGGGCAGAACCCUGGUGCCAUGGGAAUUAUGCCUUCUGGAACCAUCAAUCAACAUGGACAGCUGAGCAUGAUUCAGGGAGCAGCCGGGCCUGGUGGACUUGUUCCUGGAAGCAUUCUUAUGAACCAACAAGGACAGCUUCUCAUGAUCAAUGAAAAUGGCCUCCCUAUACUUAUGCAGCAGUCCCUGGAUCCAUCUUUUAGUGGCCUUGGUGACAAAACCGUCAUAGGUAGUGGAGGUGUUUCUGUCUCAACAAACUCAGGUCUGAUGGGAGGUGCGAACCCUACUAUCUCCCUCUUUGACCAUCAGCAGCAGGCAUUAAUCAGCAGUGGGGCACUUACCAUAGCCAAAUCAGAUCCUGGUGCCUCUGGUAAUCUUAGCUCCGUCCCUGCAUCACAUCCUCAAUCCUCUAUUUUGGCUGGGAUGAAUCCACAGAAUCCUGGACAGAUGAGCUUUCUUGGAUCCCAGCUUCUGUCACAGGGUUCUCUACAGUCUUUGGCAGUGCAGUCUGGUGGUCAGCUGGGCAGCUUGCUUCAACCAGGGGCGGCACUUAAUCAGCAGCUUAUGCAGUCUUUGGGUCUUGGCUUCCCAAGCAUGUUGACAGGUGCUAGUGCAGGAGGUGGCGUGACCAAUCCUACUAAUCAAGCCCAGCACACCAUUACAGGAGGUGCAACAGCUGGUGCAGCAGCAGCAGGAGGAGGGCCGGCGGCAGCUGGUGGUGUUCUUUUUCCUGGCGCACAAGGUAGCAGUAUGGUGACACUAAACACAGUUCCUGCAAAUCCCCAUCAGCUUCCUUCUGCCCUUGUUCUCCCGAGUGGUCACGUUAUUCCAGUGGUCUCUAACCCUCAGCUUCUUACUGCCAACCAUGGAGGCGGUGGUCUUAUGAGUGUAGCACCUGGGGGUAGUGGAGGACUGACCAGUGGUUCUGCAGGCACAACUGGCCAUAUUCAGCUGCAACAAAUGGGAGGUGGCGCAGGUACUAGCCAGGUUAUCCAGGUAGACCCCAAUAACCCAGGAGGAGCUCAGGUUUUUAUUGGGCCGAAUGGGCUACAGAUGACUACCACAGCAGCAGGACAGGCUCAUCUUACUCAGCAGCAGCAGAUCCAGCAACUUCUUCAGCAGCAGCAGAAUCUAAAUCUUCUCAUGCCUUCUGCCGCCAUUAGUGCCUCACAAACCAUUCCCACUACUACUGUUGUCACACUGGCAUCCACUGUGGUGCCUACUUCAGCAGCCAAAAAUGUCCUUGCAAAAGCCCAGAUGCAGACCACCCAGGUCCUGAUGCAGCGUAAUGCAAGCCAACCACGCACACAUACAACUUCUAGUGCAAUCGCAAGGAAAGGUUCACAGAAUGUGAAAACAAGCAGCUCUGAAACACAGACCUCCUCCAGCAAUGCAUCAGGCAUGUUAAUGCAGACAGGUUGUGCAGGAACCGGAAGUACAGGAAGUGUGCAGCUGACUGCUGCUGGAGGCGGUGGUUGUGCCACAGGUGCUAACAGUAGCAAUGGUGCUGCUGCAGGCAGUGCCCCCAUUCUGUUGAUGAUGCAGCACAAUGGACAGGUGGUUAACGUGCUGGUAGAUCCGACCACGCCAUCUGUUGGGGGUGCAGUCAGCACCACUGUUGGAGACAAAUCUGGUGCCAGUUCAUCUGUACAUACAUCAGCUGCAUCUUCUGGUUCAAAGAAGUCUAACAAAAAGAACUCCCAAAGAACCACGACUCCCAAGCCCAAAUCUAGCAAAUCUUCAAGUAAGGCAUUGUCAACGUCUACUACAUCAACCACCACAUCAUCUUGUUCACAGACUGUUAUGUCGAGAACCAAUGCCACUUGUUCUGUGACCACGUCAGUAACACAGCCCUUAGUUAUCAACACAGAUGGGCCCUGGGACAGUCAGGCUGCCUCAAACAUAAUGAUAUGUGACGAUACAAACAAUCCUGCAUCAGAGGAAGGAGGCCUUGCACCAUCCAGUGAUAAUCAAGACAUUCUGGCUAAAGCAGCACAAUCUAUUUUUACUGCAUCUCCCACGGAAAUGACUUCCCCUAUCGGGGGGGCCUUCUACAAUCCUGCACAUGAUGACAAUCCCCUGUUGAUAGACACAAGUCCUGCAGGACCUGACACAGACAUGCCUUCAUCCUCAUCCCCUUAAAAGAGCAUCUCCACGAAUGCAGCACCACAGACAGAACUGUCAAAGUCUGUGGACUGUCAGCAACAACGGGAACAGCAUAGCCAGAUGCUUCAGGAGCAAGAAGCCUUGCUGCGUCAGCAGGAGCAGCAAGAACAGGAGAAGUUGAUGCAGCAGGAACGUGAGCAGCAUGAACAGCUGAUGAGGCACAUCGAACAACAGCAGCAGCAGAUGGGCCUGACUUCUCCACAGACACUUUCCCUGAUUCCACCAUCAAUGCCAUCUCUUGCUCAGACUUCAGAUGUGGGAACAUUAUCUGCAGCUGUAGCGGUUACUACAGCUGAUUCCUCUGCAGCUGCUACAAACACCAUUUCAUCUGGAACCGAUACUGCAGGACAGAUUGUACCUCCACCUAAAAAACCCAAGAAAUCCAAAUCCAAGAAGAAAGACAAAGAAAAAGAGGAUGGUCGUGAGAAGGAUGGGGAUGGCUCCAAGUCAUCCAAGAAAUCAAGCAAGAAGAAGAAGAAAGAGCAAGAAGCAGCUAUACGGCGUCAAGAAGAAAUCAACCAGCAACAGCAGCUGAUUCUACAGCAACAACAGCAGCAGCAAGAGGAGCAGACCAAACUUCAGCAUCAUGAACAAGAGCAGCUGCUGCUUUUACAGCAACACCAGCAGCAGCAGGAACAGCAAUCUCCAGGGCUCAUGUCAGAGCCGCAGCUGGUGCAACCCUCUGCUGCUGAUAUGAUUGUGGAUGAGGUAGCAGACCAUGUUGUGUCUGGUGCCAGUGAUCCUUUCGUACUUCCUGACAGCAUCACCUUCACGGAGAGUGAAAUUUCUGACGUGCUUGACCAGGUAGAGAAGCUUGGGAGCAGUCUUGUUUCAGAUGAACAAUUAAAGAAGUAUGAGAAGGUGGAAAAAGCAGAAAAACGGGAAAAGAAAAGCAAAAGGCGCAAAGAUGGUGGGCAAAUGGAUGAUGGAAGUUCAAAUCCUAGUAAGAAACAAUGCAAAGGAAAUAGCCGGGAGAAUGACAGCAGCUUAGAAGCCAAUUUAUUUGUGUUAAAUCAGCAGCUAGGUGUGAGACCUUUAUCCCAGCAGCAACAGGACGACCCAAACAGCACGUCACGCAUGUCCAUUUAUGACUUUCAGGAUGACAGCCCACCAGGAUUGGGCUCUGCUAAGACAGAGAGCCCCCAAAAAUCCAAAAGUAAAAAGAGCAAGAGUAAGACUCCCUCAGGCACCCAAAAUUUGCUAGCAGCCACCUCUCCGUUGUCGGUAUCAACAGUUAGUACUACAUCAACCAUGGUCACCAACACUGCUGCUACAACUACUCUUGCCUCUGCAACCACCACAACAUCAGCUGGUACGAAUACACCAGCUUCUUCCCUUGAUAUGUUAGUCCCAGCCUUGUCGCAAGCUAAAAGUGACUCUUCUUCAGUGAGCAAAGGAUCAAAAUCUAGCAAAAGUAAAAAGAGUGACAAAAAAGACAGAGCAAAGUCAAACAGUGGAUCUAGCAUAGCAGAUUCUCUGAACAAUAUGAAUGCAGUUAACAGUGUACAUAGCAUCAGUACCACAGCUCGUGUGAAUACUGCAGCCUCAGAAAAUAUGUCCAUUCAGACUAAUGGAACAAUCUCCAGCAGCAAGAGUAAUGAUAGCCUAAGCAGCAACAGUGUGGAUUCUGCCUCUGUGAUUCUUCCUAUGCCAGGGUUUGAUACGCUUGAAGCACUUAAUAGCCCUCCUCCAUUAAUCUCUCCACCAGUUUCACAGGCCAAGUCUUCAGGAUCAUCUUCUGGGAGCAAAGGUCAAGGGCAGUUGCAGGACCAGAACUUGGAUGGGCCUUUAGGACAGAUUUCCUCCAUAGUGUCAUCAGAUAUUGUGACUACAAUGUGCUCGACAAGCAUAGAGACACUGGCUGACAUUUCUGAUGUGGUGCCGACCUCUAACACUAUGAACAUGGACCCCCUCAUGUUGCAGAGCUCCAACUCACCCCCACCUGCUUUGCAUCAUCCCUUGACCCUGGGUCAUAACAGUGCUAACUCUAUGAUGGUGCAGCAGCAACAGAAGCAGAAACAACAGCAGCAACAAAGUAUUUCCAACAAACAGCGACAGCAGACACCCCCACGACACAACCCUGCCCAGCAGAUGCCAUCACACUCUCCACAGAUGGCACAGCCUCCUCAGAGUGGGCCAACUCAAGGCCAUGCCCACAUGGGGCCACCCACCAGUCCUGCCCAGGCCGUUGGUCGUCCUCGUUCUACAUCUCUGUCUCAUCAGCAGCAACAGAAUCAGGGAGGUUACUUGUCCUCUUCCCCACAGGGUGGGGCAGGGGUGCGACAAUCUCCCUCUGCAAGUUGCAUAUCACCAUCAUCCAGUCACUCGCGAGGUUCCCACGAAAACCAGGGCUUCAAUCAGGGAGCAGGUGCUCACAUGGCUCCCACUCAGUCUCCUUCAUCAUCUGUUCGCCUCAAUGAUAUGUCCAGCCUUUUGAAUUCACCUGAUAUUUCAUGCCCCAAUGCCAAUCUUUUCAGUUCCACUGCCCCGAAACUGUCCCACAUGCAGAAACCAACCUCUCAAGGAAAGCCUUCUUGCACGGAAGACAGUGCAGCCUCACGCUCACGUACAGGAAUCUACUCAGCAGACAAUUUUGUGCAGCCCAGUAGGCAGACAUCCAACCUGGAGUCCUGUUCACAACAAUCUUCCAACAGCAGUGUGGCAGGUAACAUGAGCAGGAUGGCUGGAAUGAACGAUGCCAGUGGAGAGAGUUUUAACUUUACAAGCAUUGGGCUGAAUCUGACUUCAUCUUCCACACAAAGCACAGGCCAAGAAAUGGGUGUUGCAUCCAGUGCAGGCAUGCCCUUUUCUUUUAGUCUUACCUCAGCUUCCACAACGCAGACAUCAUCAUCAUCAGGUUCUCAUGGUCAGGUCGGCCACCACUCAUUCCCGUUUUAUCCACUGCACCCCUCAGUUACCCAACCUUCCUCUACUAGUCAGCAGAGUCAUCAGACGCAGUCACUGAACAUGAUGCCACCUGGGGUAGAUGUUCGCAUGGAUGGUCAAGGUUCAGGCCACCAGACCUCAGGUCCAGGAGUGGGAGGAGGUAUGCCAUCCACUGCCCAAAACAGUUUCAAUUUUGGUGGCUUGAUGGACUUAAAUAGUAGCUGUUCUGGGGUAAGGGACACUGCUAUGCCUAAUGACCAGUCACAUCUUAUGUCAUCUGUAGACAAGAGCCCAAUGGCUAGUUUUACCCAACACCAUGGUGGAGGUGCAGGUGGGGGGAGUGGUAGCAACAGUGGUCAGAAGCGGCUAUCUGAGAUUCAGCCACCUCCCCCACCAUCCAAUCGUCCACCCCAGCAGCCUACACAACCACUAGACCAUGGCCCCCCUAUCAACAGAUCCCCACAACAGAUGGGCAACCAUACUUCUCCUGCUGGGAAUUAUUUCUCAUCUAGCUACCCAUCAUCAGCCAGUCUUAAUACCCCUCCCCUUCGACACCCACCCCUACCAAACUCUGAUUCCAACCACCUCAUGAACCGUGGCUUUGAUCAUGGCUUUGGCAGUUCCCAGACCUCUGCGAGUGUGCCUUUGGGAGGACCAAACUUUGAUCACCAUGGCAUGUCAUACCAGCGGGACAUGAAUCAGACACGCCCACUAGAACACGUAUCAACUGGGGCGAGCACAAGUUCACGGAAGCCAAGCUCGCAGCAGCAGCAGCAGCAGCAGAAUGGUGGUGGCAGCAAGCAGCAAAAGCAGUCCCAGGGAGGCGGGGGAGGCAGCAGCGGACUCAGUCGAGUUCCCCCUUCUCAUGGCCAGUCACGCAACAUGGCUCCCAAUCACAACUCCAACCAGUCCCAACAGAGCUCUGCACCUUCUCAGGCUCCACCCCCUGCACACCAGACAUCUGGAAAUGGCCAGCCUCCUGCACCAUCACCUUCUCAGCAGGCUCGACAAGCCAAGCGUAAGCAGCCUUCUCAGAGCAAGAAAAGCAAACCUACUUACUCCACAGAGAUUGACGCCAACUUGUCACACUCCAUUUUCGACAACAACCAGAGCCUUCAGUCCUUUUUCUCAUUUCAAAACAUGUCCCCACCCCCAGUUCGCAACCUGCAGAGUGAAGGCCCAUCUUUUCUACCUGGAAACCUCUUUGGUUCAACAUCCAGACCAUUGUCAAAUUCUUCUAACAAAAAUACACCAGAUCUGGGGCCUCCGUAUGCGUUGUUCCCACCUACACGGCCCCAAAAUGGGCUAGGCCUCAACUUCCAGCAUAGCUUUGGAAUGAACACAAUGACUGGGAACCCCGGCAGUGGCCACAUGACACCACACUCUGUGGCUGUCCCACCACACAUGGGAAACUUUAGCCUCAGUAACAUUUUUUCAGACAGUGGCACUAAUGAUGGUGGCAUUAAUAUUUCACCAAUCAAAUUCUCACACCCUGGCAAUCCUAUUCUUCCUCCGCAGGCUGGAAUGGACCCCAACGCUUUGCAGCACCCCCAUCAGGGAAGUGCUCUUUAUCACAAUCGUUCUCAUCACGGUCAGCCCCAUGUCCUGCCCAACCCAAUGACUCUCAAUUCAAUACUUGGACACAACCACCAUGGUUUUGACACCCGGUCUAUGAGUCAAGGAAUUAACAGCUCAGUGGGUCCCCCAUUUCAUGGUGCAGGCCACCCAUCCUCAUUUGCCAUCCCACCCUUGAACUUUUCUAUGCAUGACCAUUGACAAUGGGGAACAAACUGAGAUGCUAUGAACGUGGACAAGUUUAAUCACCAGGAAGCCUUUCAUUAAUUAUUACCCAGAUCCACCCUCUUUGUGGAAUAGUAUUUGCUGCUUGUUGUGAGCCAAAGGACACAUAAUAUUAGUCUGUGGUUUGCAUUAUAAAAUGUUUCUUCUGAAAUCCCAUGAAAGCAUGAAGAUUAAAUUACAUUUUUUUAAUUUAUUUUUGAGGGGUAAGUGGAUCAAAGGGAUAUUUAAAAUAUAUUUUAAACUACCUAUAAAUUGCAUAAGGAAAAUGGAGACUUUAAUUCAAAAGCAUAAUAAAACAGACUAUAUUUGGCUCUGAAUUAGGAUAUCAUUGAUGGAUAUCUUUUGACUCAUAUUGGCAAAUGGAUGAUGAGCUGAUGACAAAUACUGGAAGCACUGAGCCCUCUAUAAAUUAUGUAAAGUUUUUGUUUGAAAGUUAGCAAUAUUUAUUUUUACAAGCUUGUCACAUGAUUUCUGCUGCACCUGCAGUUAAUAUCAAGGAUGCAAGUAUUUUGCAUGUUUACAGAUUUGUGUCCAUGACACAUGUCCACUGAGUUUGCUUUGUUUUAAAAAAAAUUUCGCUGUUAUUUCCCUUUUUUUUUUCCCAACUUGUCCUUUGUACAGCAAAAAUGUGAAACUUGACAGUUUUACCACAUCAUGAUAAAGUAAUGGCUGUGCAUAUCAUGAUAUGCAGUAGUACAAUGCUUUCUUUGUAUACGAAGGAAGGGGAAAGGGUACAGAAGAGUGCUUGUGGAAUCUGUGUUUUGGGAGUGGAGCCAUACAAGUGGAAAAUGUUGCAGUUAUUACAGUUAUUUAGUUUUAAUGUUCAGGUAUGUUUCUAGCAGCAUGUCCUUGAAAAGGGCAUUUCAUACAAAAAGAGCAAAUCUACAGAACUUUGCUUAUUCAUCUCUUUUUUUUUCCUUGUUGUGUAAAGCCUGCCUGAAAGUCUUGCAUAUUUUGUUUUUGAUUAAGUGUAUUAUUUCUGUAAAUUUAUGUCACUAAAAGUCAUUUGUUGAUAUUGAGGAUGCACUGAUUCUGAGGUGUGUUUUGUUUUUGUUUUUUAGUAUGGUGAUUUCUGUUGUAUUGUUUUAGCAUAGAACAUGUUUUUUAAUCAAUGUUCAGUUAUUUUUUUAAAAAGAAUCUUAUGUCAUACCCUAUAAAUUUAGUGCUUCGUCCAAUACCUGCAUAGCAUUGCAAUCUUUACUAUAAAAGUAACAGUAUAAACAAAAAUAUACAAAGUAUGAAUUUCGGUGAAAGACCUCUUAUUUUUCAUAUAUAUGCUAUCUCUGAGGAUAAGUUUGAUUUUUGAUACUUGGAAUAAAAGCAAAGCAUGGGGAGACAUGUUUUGUAAUCGUUUGCUUUGAGCACAGUUAUAAAUAUGAUAAUCUUUGUUGACGCAAGAUAAUCGAAAGAUGUCUUAUGCUUCUCAUGAAGGUCCCAAGUCUGAGCACAUGGUCAGGAGUUUGAGGCUUGCUGGGGCUAGUAGAAACUCCCUCUGUGACCCCAGCAGUGAUCUUGGUGUAUGGUUAUUUCAGGAAAAAAUUGGUAAAAGAAGAGAGCUUCCAUUUUCUAUAUGCUUUGUCCUUCACGUGAACCAUUUAAAAUUCACUACCCCACUGCACCAGACUAUGAAAGCUGUGUCUUUGGCUUAAAAGACAAUCCAAGACUGUUGCAUCACUUUAGCACAGCUAACCAUUAAAGUUUUCCAUGUUUUUCUGUAGUUUUCAUCAUUUGCAUAAAUUAACCGUCUAGAUGUUUGCUAGUAUGUUAUGCAUUGAAUUAAUAAUAAUAAAUGCAAAAUCUGUAAAGCUCGCAUACUCACACUGCUAAGGAGCAUGCUCUUAGCGCUUAAGAACAAUUCAAAUACUAAUAAGUGCAAAACCAUCUCAACUUUGUAUGGACUAAAAAAUUCAUUUUAGUGCAAGGUAGAUUCAGGUAAAUAUAGGUACACUGAUCAUUAACAAAGCUUCCAUUUUUAAAAAAGUUUAAAUUGCAUAAAUAUAUAAUGUUGCAACAUAAGCAAAAUGGAUGCAAAGAAUGAAAACUCGUGACAUUUGCAGUUGACAAUUGCAGUCACAAAAACAUUUCACAAGGGAUGUAAUCUUCUGUUAAGCAAUUUUUUUUAUAGGCGUGGAAGAUCCAUCUUUUGAAGAUCCCCACAGUUAAAGCUUAAUAAUUCUGCAUUGGACUUUGUGUUAUCUAAUUUGUAAACAGAAAUAAUGAAUCCUAAAGACUACUUUUGGACAGUAUAAGCCCAUGUCUGCAAUGUAUCAGUAUAAACAUAUAGUCAUUUUUAAAGCAGUGUGAAAGUGACAAAUGAGGAUGUACUUGUGUACCAACAAUGCAGUGAAUGGGAGAAGUGGUUUCAGAAUUAUGAAUUAACGUCAAACAUUAUCUUUGCACUGCUUAUGUCUCAACAUUCCCUUUUUCAUGUGAUAUCCAAAUGCUGUUUAAUGUGGCUGUGCCUCAUGUGUACACCAUUUACUUUCUAGCUGGUGCAUUAUUUCUGUUUAUUCUUCACAGUUUGAGACUGGAGUGCUUUCAUGGUUUUUGUGCAUUUGGGUUGAAAUUGCUGUGCAUGAAAAUUACAGAUAUGCUGUUGGUGAACUAAUGAGUAAACAGUGAUAGUGCUUUGAAUAAUUUCUUUUCAGUAGGUAAUUUUUGUGAACACUAAAUAAUAUGUUUACAUCAAGUGAAUGGAGAAGUGAUAGCUCCCAAGCAUACGUUUGUGGUCAUUAACUGGCAUGGGUAUAAGAAAGCCACCAGCCAUUCUUUAAGCUAAAAGGACUACAAAGUCUAAAAUAUAAAGUAAUUUUUUUUCUUUUACAUGACAGAUGGUUGUAACUUUUUUCCUCUACUUGUUGAGGGAUUGGAAUGUAGCUUUCUUUUACAUUCAUUGUUGAAAAUGAUGAACAAAAAACUCGCUCUAUAGAAAAUGCACAUGCACAUGUUUUUGCACUAUGCAUGGUGUGCAAAACUAAAUAUAUUUUCAUAUUCUCUUGAAGUCUUAGGUUUUAUAGUUUUCUUCAGGCUAUAAAAAUAUGAAAAGUAUCUCGAAAAAAUAAAACAAUGCAAGCUUCUUGACAAUGGCAAUGGUUGGUAUAAAAAGUUAUUGCUUUUUUAUUUUAAGUUUGGUUUUGUUUGGGUUUUUUUCCUUCUUGUUUGGUUUGUGUUAGAGGGAUUGCUCCACUGCCAUUUUCCUGUGGCAAUUGCAGUAUUCAUGCAAAAUGUGCCAAAGCUUGAGUUUUAGGAAUGAUAAUGGUAAAAUUCCUUAAAAUUACUUUGCUGUAUUGUCACCUAUGAACUAGUAAACAACCACUUUUAAAAACCCAAAAAAUUUUCCAUACCAGCUGAAGAUAACUAGCAUUUUAUUUUACAUAGCAGUAACAUGCUAAAAAUAGAAUAUUAAAUCACUAAGGAUGUAGGGGUACUAGUGUCUCUUAAAUUUAUGUGUAAAAUCAGUUUUAUUUUCUUUACGCAUACACAGAAGUAUUUUCAACUAGUCUAUUACACCUAGUCUUUUUGUUGGGGAAGGGUUAGGGUUAUGCAGAUGUAUGCAAGUGUGUUCUGUAAGGGGACUUAGUGUACAAUACUACACUUUUAAUUUGGUCCUGACAUUUCAGAAUUUAAUCAAAUCCUACAUUUUUCUUCUGUUGCAUUUAUUCAUUCAUUUCUCUGGCUUACAAGGUAUACAAAGGCAUGGCAUGGUUGUGACAAAUAUGGCACUAAAAAACAGAUGUGACUUUAUUCCUCAUCAAAGCAGCAGCACGAACAAAGCUUCUGUGUCGUUAGCAUAAUACAUGUUUAACUAAUUUCAUGUUUUACUGUUGGCAUUUACUUGUGGUACUGCUGACAGGUGAUCAGCUCUUUUCAAUUUUAUGCAGAAAAUCAUUUACCAAGGACAUGCGUGUGUGUGCUGUGUGUGUGUGUGCUGAUGCACUCUUGUAUGUACUCUUUGUGCAUAUGUGCAAUGAAUCUUUAUCAAAUACACGAGUUUGAAUUUUCUUUGAGAUCAAUUAAAGUUUUGUUACAUUUUUAUUGGAUAUGUUACUUGGAUAUUGAUAUUAAAACAUUCUUAAAGUCAAAAACGAUGCAGUUACACAAGCUGGUGUAAAGCUAUCUUUUCUUAUUAGAGGAGAUUCAUACAAAAAUAUUUGUAAAUGAGAGCAUCACGUCUGUGCAUCCAGGCUGGCAGUGUGAGUCGCUGUUUGUUAUAGGUCCUUUUUUUUUCAUUGCCUUUGCCCAUUAAUAAGAAGUUUGAUUUUCUUUCAUAAUAAGUCCCAUUUUCUCUGAAAUCUAAUUGCUUAUUUGUAUUAUUUGGCUAUUUCUUAUUGAAAGUUGAUUAUUUUAAUUGGCUACCUUUCUGUUUUGCCAGCCUAGUUGCUUUUAGAAAAAAAUGAAAGUUAUUUUGCUUUGUUAAUUAUAAUCAGAUAUGUAAGUAGAAGCUGAACAUCCAACAGCUUUUGAAAUGUGUUCAUUUUCUACCUUUAGUAUCUAUUUUCAAGACCAAAAUUAAACAGAUUAAAUAAAAUUAAAGUUAUAGAACAUAAAAAAGCAGAGAUCUCUAUGAAAACAUGUACUGUUUUCAGUCAUUGCUUUGUUCAAUCCUUCGGGUAAAACGUCAUUGAUAAUGAAUGGGUACUGCACUGGUUACACACUUAUUAAAGAGAAUGCAGAAAGGGGAAAACUAGAAAGGAACCAGUAUGGAUGAUGGGCUUAACUUUUUUUUAAAAUCUUAUGGCUUAUUCGAUUAAAAAUGACUUAAGGGAAUCUAAUCAUGAGGUAUCUUUUACAGGUAUUCAUGAAAACAUGACGUUGAUUGCAAGUUGUUCAGCCUUUGGUGUUUGUUCUACCUCCCUCUUCCCUCCUAUUACAACCUUUUUAAUUGUUUACUUUGUUGACAUCGUUUCACUCAGAUUUUCACAUCGCCAAUGUUAUGAACUGCCAAAAGGAAUUUUUAUUAGCCUCCAAAAUAAAUGCAAUCACAGUCAGUCCUAGCAUUAUUGUUGAAUCUGUAACACUCCUGCAAGUCAUCAAGCCGAUAACUAUCAUGCAUACCACAAGAUGUGCCUGCCAAAGGUGUAUAACUUUUGGUGCCCUUAGGGUCUUCUUGGUCUACAAUGAGCUCAUGCAUUGUGGUGCACAGGACAAAGGUUAUCAGCUUCACCAGCAUGCUAGUUGAUUACAUGCUAGACAUGAAUUUCAGCCUAUGUUUCAUCCUAUGUGCAAGAUCUGCUUCCAGAUACAUGCACAGUGUAGGUUGCUUGUACAAUUGUAAGGAUGGCAUAAUGCAGUUCUAUCGAAUGAACUUCCUCUUUCCCAUCGGUUUUCUCUCAUCCCUAGAUGAGAGCAGGAAAAGAAUGUUAUAUCUGAAUGUAUUCAUCAUUUAGAAACCAUAAGCUAUCAUACAUUAAAUGAAAAACCUAUAAUUUCAUCAAAACUGACAAAAUUUCAGUGUCAAGUCACCACUGGUGCAUGUUAACCCUCUUAAAUAUAACCUGUCCUUUUGAAGCAUUUGUACAUAUGCCACAUGAGUUAGGAAGUUAAUAUUGGGGUGAGGAAAAAUUGUGUGUGUGUACAAGAGAGAGAGAAAUCAUGGAGUUGCAUGCAACUAGCUUGAAAAGUAAUAUAUAAUUGUAUAGUGUUCUUUUUAUCCACUUAUUUUUGCGAGAGUUUAAGAGCCUAGUUGGAAAUCAUGGUCCCCAUAUGUUUUCUUUUAAAAAGCAGCUGUUAUUUCCAUGACAUUUCACAUAAGUGAAAUCUGUUUCCACGCUACUGGACUUAGAACUUUAAGAAAAUGCGCUGAGCAAUUAACAUUUUCCUUCUUCGAUGCCUGAGCACAAAUAUGACUGCUUUAAGAAGGUUAUGUUAGGAUUCCUAGAUUGUAUAUGAUCAUGCUGACCUGUUUGUGUAUAUACCUGAAGCCAAUGCAGUCUUUGUGCUUCAAAGCCAUGGUACAAUUAACACGCUCAAUUUGUACAGCUUGUGGGAUUCUCUGUGACAAUUUAAAUGCUAUGAGCAUGCAAAUAUAAAAGACUAUUGUAAAUUACUGUAUAUGAAAUGUCUGCAGUUUCUAGGUGCUUUGCUCUUGUAAAAUUCAUUAUGUAAAUAUAAUGUAUCCAUGAUUUUUUUUUUAAUUAAUGUCUUAUUACAUUGCAGAGUAGAUGCAGUAUUUGCAUAGAAUAAAGUGGAUUUUGGAAA